AUGAAGACUCUGGCAUUCACCUUGGCCGACAAGAAACCCAAGGAAGGAGUCAAGACCGAGAACAUCAACCAUAUUAAUUUGAAGUUGGCGGGGCAGGAUGGCUCUGUGGUACAGUUUAAAAUUAAGAGGCAUACACCACUUAGUAAAUUAAUGAAAGCCUAUUGUGAACGACAGGGUUUAUCAAUGAGGCAGAUCAGAUUCCGGUUUGAUGGACAGCCAAUCAAUGAAACAGACACACCUGCACAGUUGGAAAUGGAGGAUGAAGAUACGAUUGAUGUGUUCCAGCAGCAGACAGGAGGUGUCUACUAAAAAGGGAACCUGCUACUUUACUCCAGAAUUUUGUUAUAGACCAAGAAUACAUUCGCAAUUAGAAAGCCGCAAUUUGGUUCCACCACAUCCUGACUACUACAGUAUAGUUUUCUCUAUUCUUUCAUUUCCCUGUCCCCAUUUCUUUAUUGUACAUAAAGUAACUGGUGUAUGUGCACAA